AUGCCGGCGGCGCCAAUAGCGUCUGCAAGCCAAGAGGUGGCUCCAGAGCCUGAGGAGGCACACGCUGAAGCUGAAGCCGUCGAGCUGGAGGGGGAGCUUCCAGGGGCUACCGGGGCCAUGGCCCAGGCUGUGCCAUCCGUCUUGGUCCGCCAAGGGCUGGGGCCUUACAAGAUGGGACCCAAUGUCCAAGCAAGACCUUGCCUCCCGAAUCUUGGAUUUUUUUUUAUCGUUUUGAGCUCAGGGGCAGCCAGUGGGGCGGAAGUUUGA